AUGGAAGAGCAGGACCCAGAAGGAUCUGGACUUGGAAAGAGAGCAAGGAUAGGGCCCCGUCUGGUCCAAGCUGGGAGUGGUUUCAAAUUCUGGGAGAGAGAGAUCUGGGAUCAGGAGCCUGUGAACUCAGACGUACAUUGCCGACGCUUCCGGCAGUUCGGCUACUAUGAGGCCGAUGGGCCCCGAGAGAUGUGGAGUCCAUACGUGAAAGUGGAGGCUAAGUGCUCUGAGACCGAAAGAGCUCUGUCGGAGGAAGGGCAGCAGGCCCAGGCCCAGGAGCAUGCCCAAGAUGCCCUCUCACGUGCAGGGGAUGAUCAGUGGAGUGAGGAUGAUGAGGAACUGCAUCAGCUAUUGCCAGAUAAAAUGAAGACUGAAGGUUUGAAAGGAAACUUCAGGAAUCAAGGAAGACUUAACAGGCAGAAAGGAGUGCACAUGGUCGAAAAGACCGAUAAACCCAUUCCUCGCCAAGUGCAGGAUUGCCUUGAACUAAUCCACAUGGCAGAGGAAGCAUAUAAGUGCUUGGAGUGUGGAAUGACUUUCUCGGAGCAAACCCAAUAUCAUAUUCAUUUGCAAAUGCACAGUGGAAAGAAGACCCAUCAGUGCUUGGAGUGCGAAAAGAGCUUCCUUUGCAGAGCAGAGCUCCUCAGGCAUCAAAGAACACACACAGGAGAGAAACCUUAUAGCUGCUUAGACUGUGGCAAAAGCUUCUCACAGAAAUCAGACUUUGUUCAACACCAAAGGAUUCAUUCAGGAGAGAAGCCAUUAAUCUGCUUAGAGAAGGAGAAACUUUUUCAAUGCUCAGAGUGUGGAAAGAGAUUCAGUUUCAUUGGCACUCUUCAAAGGCAUCAAAUAACCCACACAGGGGAGAAACCUUUUGAAUGCUCAGAGUGUGGAAAGAGAUUCAGUCGGCAUGCCAGUCUUCAAGAGCACUACAGAACCCACACGGGGGAGAAACCGUUUGAAUGCUCAGAGUGUGGAAAGAGAUUCAGUCAUAGUGGUAAUCUUCAAAUGCACCAAAGAAGCCACACAGGCGAGAAACAUUUUGAAUGCUCAGAGUGUGGAAAGAGAUUCAGUCAGCGUGGCAGUCUUCAAAGGCAUCAAAGAACGCACACAGGGGAGAAACCUUUUCAAUGCUCUGAGUGUGGAAAGAGAUUCAGUCACAGGCUAUAUCUUCACAUGCAUGAAAGAACCCAUACAGGGGAGAAACCUUUUCAGUGCUCAGAGUGUGGAAAGAGAUUCAGUUUGAUUGGCAAUCUUCAAAGGCAUCAAAGAACGCACAGAGGGGAGAAACCUUUUCAAUGCUCUGUGUGUGGAAAGAGAUUUAGUGAGAGUAGUAGUCUUCAAAUGCAUCAGAGAACCCACACGGGGGAGAAACCUUUUCAGUGCUCAGAGUGUGGAAAGGGAUUCAGUCAGCAUGGCAGUCUUCAAAUGCAUCAAAGAACCCACACAGGGGAGAAACCUUUUCAGUGCUCAAAGUGUGGAAAGGGAUUCAGUCAGCGUAGCGGUCUUCAAGUGCAUCAAAUAACCCACACAGGGGAGAAACGUUUUGAAUGCUCAGAGUGUGGAAAGAGAUUCAGUCAGAGUGGUAAUCUCCAAAGGCAUCAAAGAACCCACACAGGGGAGAAACCUUUUGAAUGCUCAGAGUGUGGAAAGAGAUUCAGGCAUAGUGGCAAUCUUCAAGAGCAUCAAACAACUCACACAGGGGAGAAACCUUUUCAGUGCUCAGAGUGUGGAAAGAGAUUCAGUCACAGGCGCUAUCUUCAAACGCAUGAAACAACUCACACGGGGGAGAAACCAUUUGAAUGCUCAGAGUGUGGAAAGAGAUUCAGUCAGAAUUGCAGUCUUCAACAACAUCAAAAAAUACAUGCAGGGGAGAAACGUUUUGAAUGCUCAGAGUGUGGAAAGAGAUUCAAUCAGAGUGGUAAUCUUCAGCGGCAUCAAAGAACUCACAAGGGGGAGAAACCUUUUCAAUGCUCAGAGUGUGGAAAGAGAUUCAGUCAGCGUGGCAGUCUUCAAACUCAUCAAAGAACCCACACAGGGGAGAAACCUUUUCAAUGCUCAGAGUGUGGAAAGAGAUUCAGUAACAGAUCAUGUCACUUCAUUGCUCUGAAUAAUGCUCAGCUGAACAAGAUCUAUAGCUUUACCAUCUAG